CUCCAUCUUCUACCUCAUCAGCAAACCUUCUUCUCUUCUUCUUUUCUACCUUCUUCUGCUUCUUUGUCUCCAAAUCAAACAAUUUAUUUGAUUUCUCAAAAAUCUCCAAUCUUUCACAAAUGGGUGUCUUCCACAAACACAACCAGUCAUGUUCAGUAGCUGAAUCUCACAAAAGACUGCACAAAUUGUUCUUAAUAUGCAACUACAUUCUCUUAAGUGCAGCCUCCAGUUGCAUAUUCCUCACUCUCUCUCUCCGCUUGUUCCCAUCUCUCUGCGGCUUCUUCCUCAUUCUCCUCCACGCCUUCACCAUCAUAGGCGCCAUCUCCGGCUGCUCCGUAGCCACAUCUGAUACCUCGAGCAAGUUGUAUGCGGCUCACAUGGUGACCACGUCACUGACUGCAAUAUUUCAGGGCUCAGUAUCAGUGCUCAUUUUCACACAAACUGGUGACUUCUUAGGGUACUUGAAGUCUUAUGUCAGGCAAGAAGAUGGUGAAGUGAUACUGAAGUUGGCUGGUGGGCUCUGUGUGUUGAUCUUCUGCUUCUUGUGGGUUGCUUCAACUCUUGCUUUCUUGCUAAGGUACUAUGCUUUUGUUGAAGGAAAUGGUACUGGUAAUGCCACUGUUAGUACUGCUACAAAUGCUAGUGUUUACCAAGAAGAGGAGUUGAAGAAGAACUGGCCUUUGCACCUGCAAGUGGUUUAGAAUUGAUUAAUUUAUAAUCAAUUUAUUUUGUUUCCUAUAACUAAAUUGCUGUUUGAUUUAUUGUUAAUCAUAUGUUAUUUGAUUUGUAUUCUUUAUUCUUUGUUGAAAUGAAAAGGGUAUAUUAUAUUUCA